AUGGAUCUCCAAGGACAGCCCAUCGGUGCCUCCAGAAGCACUAAGGUCACUACCGACCCCAAGGCCUAUCAACAACCCAUCAGCGAACCCGCUGGUCCCGUCUCCAACGACUCUCUCGCCGCAGAAUCAUCCACCCACGGCGGUGCCUUCUCUCAAAACCGCGGCGCCGAGCCCCUCGGUGUGUCUGGCGGCCAGUCGACUCUGAACAACACUAGCACCUCCGGCGCAACCACCCUUCCCUCUGCCGCAGUCGGCACCGCCCGUGAGAACCUCGACAGACAAGAAAGGUACCCCGAAGCUCUCGGCGGCCAGGGCAACUACCCCGGCGCCCACCUGCCCCAAUCCGGCUACACCGGCGGUCCAACAGCCGCGAAGCAGGACCUUAACAUCGGCUCUGGCCAAUACUCUACGCACAAGGUUGGCGCUGCCGGCGUCAGCGCCAGCGGAAGCGGCUACCAGAGUCAGUACAACGCGGGCCAGGCCCCUUCGUACGUGGCCGAUGUCACAGAGCAGUUUGGAAACACCAAGCCGCAUGGCAAGAACAUCCAGGAGGGUGGCUUUGACAGCGACCCUAAGUACAACGCUAGCUUCAACAACCAGGUUGGUAACAGACAGGACCCUGGUCGCGCUGGUUUGAAUGACCUCCAGUAUCGGGUGGCUCAGAGUGGUCCCGAUGCUGGUGGUGGUCCUAGACAGAAGGGCGUGGACAACCAGCAGCCCUACGAGGCGUUGGAGCGGGACCAGCGCGCAUAA